CUGCAGAUGCGGACAGUAACCAACCUCUCAGAAACAUGAACCCCGACUGGAGUGAACAAGACUGCCGCAGGAACGGGAACCGGGGACUAUUCACCAGGGUGCAAGAUCCUGCAGAGAGACGUGCUUUCAGUGAAGCGCAGGAGGGGCCAGUGAUAGAAGCUGUUUCCACACAAGAGGAAAUCUGUGAUCAGGAGUGGCGUGGAAGAAUAAUGGAGAAUACAGAGCUGGCAAUUUGUGACAGUAAAGAGAGCCCUGAACUUGAAGCUGUCCGCAUUAAAGAGGAGGCUGUGGAACUGGAGUGUGUUCACAUCACAGAGGAAGUUUCUAAAGGGAACACGCUGGAGGAGAAUAUCGUUAAGCUGGAAUCCAGCCACUGUGGGGAUUGUCCUCCUGAACUGGUCUGCGUGAAACCCAGUCAGCGUGUCUCUGAAGACACUUGUUCUAGUGUUGGAGAAGAGGGCACUGUGCUGGGGUCCAGUCAGAGGAAACAUCACACCCCUCAGGAAAGAGCCGCAGAUGAAAAGAAGGAAGGAGCAUCGCCAUCCACUAGCAGCACAUCGUAUGAAGGAGAACACGACUCCACUGCAUCACCCCACUGCAAAAACUCUUCCAGUGGCAAACCGCAGUGCAAGAAAUGCAGAGAGACAACACCCCGAGAAGACAAUGCAACUGUACAGGUGCUGCUUCUAGAGGGUACAGAGAUGGCACAUUCUGUGUGUGUGAACAAUUUCGAAGCCUGGGACAGCUUGUCCAGUUAUCUGGUGGGAAGGGUUCCUGUCAAAUAGACUCUCCUAAAACUCACAAGGGAAAUCACACUGGAGGGACUCCAUUUCCCUGUGCUGACUGUGGGAAGAGCUGCAGAUGCUUCUCACAGCUUAAAAUCCACCAGUGCAUUCACACAGGAGAGAAACCUCAUCACUGCACUGAGUGUGGGAAAAGAUUCAGUCGUUUGUCAACGUUUAAAAUCCACCAGCGUGUUCACACUGGCGAGAAACCCUACCACUGUCAUGACUGUGAGAAGCGGUUCUCUCAGUUAGAACAUCUUAAAAAUCACCAGCGAAUUCACACGGGCGAGAAACCGCACCGCUGCAGUGACUGUGGGAAGAGCUUCACUGAAUUAGGAAAUCUUAAAAGACACCAACGGAUGCACACAGGACAGAAACCAUAUCACUGUAGUGAAUGUGGGAGGAGUUUCACUCGAACAGAGAGCCUUAAAAUACACCGAUGAACUCACACAGCAGCGAAACCCUGAAUGCUGAAUGUUGAGAGAGGCUUAGUCUGGUAGAACACCUUAAAACCCAGGAAAUUCUCACAAGACAAAAACUGAAGCUAUUAAUGUGAUUAAAAGGAUAUUUAUAAAGCAUUCAGGGUUAAAAAUCCUUUCUUAAAUGCAUUCAUUUACACUUUGAAACAGACAGAGGGCAACAGCUGAAGAAUGUGGGCAACGCGCUUCCUCUUUCAUUUCUUUUCUUUCAAAAAGAAAGCCGUGUUUGUGCGUGGCAAUGCUUACCUUUUAAAAUGCAGUUUACGUUGAUCUUUUGCAUGAAAUAUUUGAUUGUAAUAAUAAUAAUAAUCUUUAUUUUUAUAUA